UCCUCCUCCUCUUCCUCGGAUAGCGGUCUCCAACAACUUAUUCAGUACCGACGCACACAAUAGAGACGCUUCCCCCGGCUUUGAUACACGGUCAUCUCAUUAAUGCUGUCCGUGUGCUGUCACAAAGAGGAAAAGAGUCAGCUGAGAUCAUAUCAUGGAGGAUUUGGACGCCCUCCUUGCUGAUUUGGAGAGCACCGGCUCUCCUCUACCUCGGUGUCCCGUCUUGCUCACCUCGGAGCCUCCAGAAAAAGCUGAAGCUGCCAACCAGGACUCGGCCCAGACCCGGCCACCCCCCCCUGCCUACACACCACAGCAGACUGUUUCUGCGGCGAUGAAGUCCACACAGAACUCUAACCCGGACAAAUUAUACAGCACUGUGUGUAAACCGCGCUCCCCCCGCGCAGCCGACCCCCCCCCGGCCUUCUCCUCCUCCUCACUGUUGGGUGGAGGUCUGAGUGAACUGGACCAUCUGCUGCAGGAGCUUAAUGCCACACAGUUUAACAUCACAGAUGAGAUCCUGUCCCAGUUCCCUUCUUCUAAGAAAGAUGAGAGGGACAAGAUCAAGGAUAAGGCCACCACCUCCACCUCCAGCUCUGCAAAGCCGUCGGCAACAUCAGCGACGCUGGAGCUGGACAAGCUGAUGGCGUCUCUGUCUGACUUCAGAGUCCAGAGCACACCGGCACCAGCGACCACUCCUGUGGUGGCAGCGCCGCAGCAGCCGGCGGCCCCGGCUCAGACCUCGUCUGGGGGAUCUCUGGACAGCAUGCUGGGGCUCCUCCAGUCAGACCUGAGCCGACAAGGAGUUCAGACGUCCUCCAAGGGCAACUGUUCCGCUUGUCAAAAGCCCGUUGUAGGGCAGGUGGUGACGGCUCUGGGGAAGGUGUGGCACCCCGAACACUUCGUGUGCACCGAGUGUGAGGCAGAGUUGGGCAGUCGCAACUUCUUUGAGAAGGAUGGACGGCCUUACUGCGAGUCGGACUACUUCACUCUCUUCUCCCCCCACUGCGCACACUGCAAUAAACCCAUACUAAAUAAAAUGGUCACGGCUCUGGACAAGAACUGGCACCCGGAGUGCUUCUGCUGCGUGAAGUGCAGCCGCACAUUCGGAGAGGAAGGUUUCCAUGACCGCGAGGGCCAGCAGUACUGCCAGCAGUGCUUCUUGAGUCUGUUUGCCUCCCGCUGUCAAGGCUGCAGCCAGCCCAUCCUGGAAAACUACAUCUCAGCUCUGAACUAUCUCUGGCACCCGCAGUGCUUCGUAUGUAGGGAGUGCUACAGUCCGUUCGUGAAUGGCAGCUUCUUUGAACACGAGGGCAAGCCGCUGUGUGAGGCCCACUACCACCAGUCCCGCGGCAGCAUGUGCCAGGCCUGCCAGCAGCCCAUCCUGGGCCGCUGCGUAACCGCCAUGGGAGCCAAGUUCCACCCCCACCACCUUGUGUGCCACUUCUGCCUGAAACCCCUUAGCAAAGGCUGCUUCAAGGAGCAGGAGAACAAGCCCUACUGCCACCCCUGCUUCAUCAAACUCUUUGGUUGAGAGCACAGCACAAGAAUCGCCACCCCCUUAUCCUCCCAGUCCCCCAAGCCACGUGACUCUUCUUUCACAAUAAUGUUUGUCAUUUUCUGCAGGAGAGAGGGUGGAGCUGGUCUCUUUAUAUUUUGUUUUUAAGAAGAUUGGUUAUCAACAGAGAAGACAGAAUCAUCCAAUUUUGUAUGAAAUUAAACUUUAUUGAGGAAACAGUCAUAAAAUUAUUGCAAAUUAUUGUUUUUUACAUAAUGUAUUGAUUCAAAUUGAAUAUAGACAAUUAGAUUUUUUGCCAAAGGUAGAAAAAAACAGCAAAUUUAUUGUUUCAAGUAAGAACAUGUACUGUUAUGAAAGGAAAUUCCCUUUAAUAUAUUUUGCUUUACAUUGCCACAAAUAUACAUGUCACUGCAUUUGCAUUUAUAUAUUACAUGCUGACUGCUAUAUAUGUUUAUCUACAAUAUGUUAAAAGUCAGAUAUUUUGUAUUUUUAUUCACUAUUGCUUGCUAAAUAGUAAUAAAACAAAAUCCAGAUAAAUAAAGUUGAAUACAGUUUGUUA